CGGGCCGGCCCAGGUCCAGUGCCCAGUUCAAUUCUCGAAGAAGAAGACGCGUUCUGCUCAGACCCGGUGCUCCCAGCGGGAGAGCCAGCCGCCAGCAUGUGCAAAGGCCUCGCAGCCUUGCCCCACUCCUGCCUGGAGAGGGCCAAGGAGAUUAAGAUCAAGUUGGGGACACUGCUGCAGAAGCCAGACUCGGCCGUCGACCUCAUCAUCCCGUACAACGAGAAGGCGGAGAAGGCGGAGAAGCCAGCCAAGGCCCAGAAGCCUGCCCCGGGGGAAGCUCUCCAGUGGCGGGACUCCCUGGACAAGCUGCUGCAGAACAACUACGGACUUGCCAGCUUCCAGAGUUUCCUGAAGUCGGAGUUCAGCGAGGAGAACCUGGAGUUCUGGAUGGCCUGCGAGGACUUCAAGAAGACCAGGUCCCCGGACAAGAUAGCGGAGAAGGCGAAGAAGAUUUAUGAAGAGUUCAUCCGGGCCGAGGCCCCCAAGGAGGUGAACAUCGACCACUUCACGAAGGACCUCACGGUGAGGAGCCUGGCGGAGCCCUCCCUGAGCAGCUUCGACGUGGCGCAGCAGCGAGUGCGCGCCCUGAUGGAGAAGGAUUCGCUGCCCCGCUUCGUGCGCUCCGAGCUCUUCCAGGAGCUCCUCAAGUAGCCGGGGCGACCGUGAGUGCCUCCUCCGAGGCCGCCCGGUGGCGUCCCCAACGGACGACCCGCCUCCCCUUCCCGGCUUCGCUCCCAGACACCCACACGGGGGACCCUGGCGGUUGCCUCCUCGCACGGCCCGCGCGGUGUGGGACGGUUAUUGUCUGACAGAUGUCCUUUCCCGGCUUCUCCUUCCCGCCCCGACUCAUGAUUAAGCUCUACUCAGUACAUUGUGGUCAAACCCCGCUCAGAAUCCCGGGGAGAUUCUGCCCCAAGCAAGGAAACAGGCGUGUGUGAGGCCCCCGACCCAGGGGACUUCGGUUUAGGUCACAGGUCACCCGAGGUUGGUUGGACAGGGGACGGGGCUGUGGGGGCCCGACGGCCAGUGAGAGGAGUUGGCCUCAUUUGUGGUUUUCACUGCGGACCGGGGGCAUCAUCGGCCUGGGUAUUUCUGACCUUGGUUGUAAACGGUGGUGAACAUUUUUGGAGGCAGCCACUCCCCGGUUUCCUAAGCAAAUCAUUUACAAUAUUGUUCUGCCCCUUAGAGAAUCUUCAUGGAGGCGGAGGUCAGAAGCCAGGCCCCAUGAAUGUGCCGUGUUAAUCCAUCUGAACACAACUGACAUCGACUCUUCCUUUGCCCCCCCAGACACCCCACCAAGUCGCCAAACUCUGCAUCCAGUCAAUGACCUGAGAUUGACAGCGGGGCUCUUUUGUAAACAUGUCUGAGCCUCCAGUGCGUGGGCCCAAAGCUUCAGCGGCCCCGCUAUUUUAAGUCCGUGUAAGGGUAAAAUGCUGACACUUUUAACUCGAGUGUAAAAACAAAACCGCUGUUUCUGACCUCACAGUCUAGAGGGCAGGGGGCUGAGCCGGGGAACCGCACCGUGACGCUGCGUGUUCGGUACGUGACGAUCGUGAGAGACAGGAAGUCAUCUCGGGGGAAAUGUGACCUGCCGGCCCACUGGGCUUCCUAGCGAGGGGCAGCGUUAAAGGUCCCUGCGUGUCCCAAAGGAACGUGACCGUCCCGCAACCCCCGACCCCCCCCCGCUCCGCCCGUGUUGGUAAAGCGUCACCCCCACGCACACUCACCCCCACCCGCUUCGCACGGCUCAUUGCUGGCCACGGCGCUGUUCACAGCUCACAGUUUUAACUCUGUUGUAGUGUCUCUAGGGCGUCUUCGUAGCACGAGUAGAUGUGUUCAGGUGAGGUCGCUAUUUGCCUGGUUUAGUAAUAAGGAGAAUCACAGCGAACCGUGGACGAGGGUGAGGAAGACGAGGCAGCUGAGCAAAUUAAAAAGAGAGUGUUCCUGAGGACGAAUAAAACCCUGAGCUGUUUUGGCGGAA